AUGAAAAAACCGCAACUAUCAAAGGUGCAAAGCAUGCUCCUUGUUGGCGGCUUUGCUGAUUCUGCUUUCUUACAACAAGAAUUAAAAACGGAGUUCGCAAGAAGUCUAAGGAUACUUGUUCCUCAUUAUAAAACCAUUGCAGUUGUUCAAGGAGCAGUAAUCUUUGGAAAAAAACCUACGAAAAUAUCCGAAAGAGUCGUCUCCACAACUUUUGGCUCCGAUCGUUCGAUAGAUUUUAUUGAAGGAGUUCAUCCUGAAGAAAAGAAAUUGAUUACAAAUGGGAUUGAAAAGUGCGGUCAAGUAUUUAAAUGCUUUGUAAGGGAAAACAGC